UGAAGUGAAGUGAUAGAAAAUAAUGUUAUUAUUAAAAAAAUUAAAUAGUCUUGUUUUCGCUAAGUGUAGGUUACGUUUAUCAGCUUAUAAUUUUCAAAUAAUUUCUUCUUUAAAAAUGUCUAAAACAGCUGUAGUAAUUUUGUCAGAGGGUGCCGAGGAAAUGGAAGCAAUCAUAUCGGCUGAUGUUUUGCGCCGCGCUGGUGUUAAAGUUACAAUUGCUGGUCUUCAUGGCUCCAGUCCUGUAAAAUGUAGCCGUGAUGUAGUAAUUGUUCCAGAUGCAAGCAUUCAGGAUGUAGCAAAACAAAAUUUUGAUGCUGUGAUUUUGCCUGGAGGCUUGCAAGGAGCAGAAAACUUGUCAAAGAGUGAUAUUGUUAAAGAAAUGUUGCAAACUCAAGAAAAAAGUGGUCGAUUAGUUGCUGCUAUUUGUGCAGCUCCUAUCGCUUUGAAAAUUCAUUCAAUUGGAACUGGAAAAACAAUCACUUCCCACCCUUGUAAACAGAAGGAUUUAUCAACAGGUGAAUACAACUACAUUGAAGAUCGAGUUGCAGUGGACGAGAAUUUAAUUACCAGCCGAGGUCCUGGUACCGCAUUUGAAUUUGCAUUAGCAAUCGUUAAACAUUUCUUUGGCAAAGAGAAAGCUGAAUCGCUCAUAGGUCCUAUGUUGGUCAAUGCCACAAUUAACUAAAUAAAAUGACAUAGAGAUUAAUAUCGCCCUAAAAUUUAUAGCAGUUUGUUUUAUUAUUUCUGUUUAAAUUGGAUAUCGUUAAUUAAUUAUUGUAUAACCUAUAAGCAUGAGUCACUUUAGAACAGUAUUUCUCUACCUGAUUUAAUCACCAGUCAUUUGGACUAUUGGCAUAAUUUUUACAAAUACAAAAUUGCGUCACCUAAUUAUUAUUAUUAUUUUUUUUUGUUGCCUGUUUGUGACCAUUCACAUACUUUGCACUGUUAAAUAUUUUGGAACAUAUUUAAAUAUAAAUAAAAUUUAUAAUCACUCUAUUACAAAUAUUAAUUUUGCUAUUUGAAUAACAAGUUAGUGAAAUGAAAUUUUUUAACCAUGUCUAGGUAGAAAAAAAAUACAAGUAAACACAAAAUAAGGAAAUCCUUCUGUGAACAAAGAGGGAAAAAUAUAUUUAUUAUAUUCAAUAUCGAAUCCUUAAUAAAUUUAAGACAAUAGUGCUUGCGGACUGACGGUUGAGAAACAAUUCUUAUGAAGAUUUAGUAAUUGACAAGAAAUUGGAAAAUUAUAUGGCUUGUUGAAUUUUGUUUCUGAAAACAAUGUUUAGGAAAUAAAAUUGAGUAUAUCUGCUGAUUUGAUUCCAUUUUUAAAUGUAUAGGUAAUUAGUUAUUGCUCAGGCAUGUUAUCCCAGAAAGUGUUUUUUUUUCUGAAUUUGUUUGGUAAAAUUAGUGUACUUAUUGUAAUAUUAAGUAUUCAAUAAGUUAACUAUUGAUUAUUUUGUGUGGUUUUUUUACUCAGAUUUUUUUUCUGAUUUAAUGUAAAUGUUUGGCUAAAUUCCGAUUAAAAUUAUCUAAUUGAUUAUUGUGAAUGAUUAUUUUGAAUGUCUGAAUUACUGCUGCAAUGGUGGAACUUUUCAAUGAAUGGUUGUAUAUUGCAUUUAGUGAAAAUAAUUGUUCUUUGCACUCAAAAGGUAAAUGUAUGUGUUGCAAUGAAUUCUUUGAUAUUGAUGUCAAUUCCUUUUUAAUCAUAUUGAUUUAAAAUUUUGACAUGUACACAUAUUGGAUACUUGAAUAAAAGUUGUCUUCCAUUGUGA